AUGAGAAUUUUUGCUCCAAAUGAAGUUGUUGCCAAGUCUAGAUACUGGUACUUUUUGAAACAAUUGCACAAGGUCAAAAAGGCUUCCGGUGAAAUUGUUUCUGUUAAUGUCAUUAACGAUGCUCACCCAACCAAGGUCAAGAACUUCGGUGUCUGGGUUAGAUACGAUUCUAGAUCUGGUACUCACAAUAUGUACAAGGAAAUUAGAGAUGUUACCAGAGCCGGUGCUGUCGAAAGUUUAUACCAAGAUAUGGCUGCUAGACACAGAGCUAGAUUUAGAUCUAUCCAUAUCUUGAAGGUUGUUGAAUUGGAAAAAACCGCUGAUGUUAAAAGACAAUACGUCAAGCAAUUCUUGACCAAAGAUUUGAAAUUCCCAUUACCACACAGAAUUCAAAAGUCUGCCAAUGUCUUUUCUUACAAGAAGCCAUCUACUUAUUAUUAA